AGGGGCAGGAGCAGGAGCAGGAGCCGGGCGAGCAGGCAGGAGAGCGGCUUCCCCGCUACGGUUCCUGGUGGCUCGCUUCCCGCGCCUCCCGUGGUCCCGCGGGCUCGCCGAGGGGAUGCCGCCGCAGCAGCAGGAAGGAGAAGCCGGCUACAUCAGCAAGCCGCUCCCCGGCGGAGGCGGAGAGGUGCCGCCGGUGCCCCCGCGCAGGGUCCGCAGCAGCCGGGCGGCGGCGGCGCUGGGGGCGGCCUUGGGCAGCCGGUGCCGGGCUCCUGGCGCGGGGGGCGGGCCCGGCGGGGGAGGCGCAGAAGGCGCAGAGCCCCGGAGGAGCCUCAAGUGCGUGCUGGUGGGCGACGGGGCCGUGGGCAAGACCAGCCUGGUGGUCAGCUACACCACCAACGGGUACCCCACCGAGUACAUCCCCACCGCCUUCGACAAUUUCUCAGCUGUUGUGUCCGUAGAUGGCCGACCAGUGAGGCUCCAGCUCUGUGACACAGCCGGCCAGGAUGAAUUUGACAAACUCCGGCCACUCUGCUACACCAACACAGACAUCUUUUUGCUGUGCUUCAGCGUUGUGAGUCCUUCCUCUUUCCAGAAUGUGAGUGAAAAGUGGGUGCCUGAAAUCCGCCGCCACUGCCCCAAAGCACCGAUUAUUCUCGUGGGGACCCAGUCGGACCUCCGGGAGGAUGUUAAAGUCCUCAUUGAGCUGGACAAAUGCAAAGAGAAGCCUGUGGCAGAGGAGGCCGCCAGGCUCUGUGCUGAGGAAAUAAAAGCCACCUCUUACAUUGAGUGCUCCGCUCUGACUCAGAAAAACCUCAAAGAAGUCUUUGACGCAGCCAUUGUUGCCGGCAUUCAGUAUUCGGAUAGCCAGCAACAGCCAAAGAAAUCUAAAAGCAGGACUCCGGACAAAAUGAAAAACCUUUCCAAAUCUUGGUGGAAAAAGUACUGCUGUUUUGUAUAGUGGAUUUUGCAGAGGCCUCAAAAGGAAAAUAAUUUCUGAAAAGAUGGCAGUCUGAUACCAAGAGCUACAUUAGCUCAAUAUCUGUAUUCCAGAGUGCAAAGACGAUACCCUACAACUAUAUCUGCUGCUAAAGCCAACGGUUUAUAUGGAGGUUGGGGCAAAAAAACCAACAACAACCCAAAACAACCCUGUUCUGUUUGUCAGGCUGAGGAGUUUCACUGCUUGAAUCAGAGUUGCCUCUUGUCAAGAAUGACUAGUUCGCUUUCUUGUGACGUUCAAAGGUAUAUUAAAAGCAAAGGCUGUUUGUAGAAGAAGGAGCUAGAAAAA